CAUAAUAACAUUGUUUUAGAGCCAUCAUUGUGUGUACCAUGAAACAGUGUCAUCCAGAGGCUACCUGUCAAGCAAGGAGCUUUAGAGAGAUUUAGGAUUUGGAUUGCAUUAGUGCAGCUCUGAGAGGGAGGGGCAAGGGAUUGCUGGAAAGAAAAUGCAUGCACUGAGUAAACAGAGAAAAACAGAAGAGCACAGAGAGGGACUGCUCGUCUGUAGUACAUACAGUGAAAUAGCAACUAUUUAGGAGUUAAGGAUGACUGAAAAAAUGGAAAUUAGUGUUUUUAGGUUAAAGUGUAAAGAAUGAGAAUGCUGUCUACAGUGUUUUUAUCAGAGUUUGGGUGUUCUGUGUAAUGCACAUCACACCUCAUGCUGAGACCCAUACUCUACCUCCUAUACACAUGGACAGGAGGACAGCCGGUCACCCCCUGCCCAGCACUGCAAAGGACUCAUUUGGUGCAGCUUUAGAUGCCAUCAGUGUGACCACAGAGCUUGUUGGUGAGGAACUGAAACCUCACUUGGACACCCUGCUGACUCUUGCUGUGGAGAGAAAACGUGGCCUAGCUGAGCAGGUGGUAGAGAGUGGCAUUCUGCCUGUUUUGGCUCAGGCUCUGAGGAGGAAGAGCUCUCUCACUAUACACACAGCCAGAUUGCUAGCUGAACUCGCUAGGGAGGCUCCAGUGAGAGACAGCUGCUUUGACACUGGCAUUAUAUCAGCCCUUCUGACACUGCUGCUCAGUAAGGACCAGGAUCUGCUCCUGCAUGUUAUCCGAGCCAUAGCGAGAAUCUGCUGUGAUAGCAAUUUACAGCAGGAGAGGAUGUUGAGGUUGGGAGCUGUUCCGCGGCUGGUGGCUGUUCUGCUGCAGCACUGUGAGAACUACCCCUUGCUGAGCUCAUGCCUGCUGGCUCUGUGUAACCUGGCUGAUAUGGGCGAACAGGACGACUCCAAGUUCGUGUGGGAGAAAAGCGGUCAGUUUGACCAGGGAGAGCAAGUGUUCCACGGCACUUCCCAGCACUCCUUUAGCUUUGUGUCAGCAGUGACUGUAGUCCGACUGAACCAGUGGUCUCCGGGACAGUACUCUGUGAGCGUGGAAGCACUUCAGAGAUGUUCCACGCUGUUAUGGGGAGCACAUAAUGGACGGCAGACCGGCUGGAGCUUACCACACAUGAGCUGCUGCCCCAAAUUCUACAAGGUUAUAAAGUACUCGGUCAAGAACAUUCCUAAGAACGGGAAUCUGAAGACUGCAGUAUUUCACACCUUACUGUGAUGAUGGAUAAUUGAAGGACGUAUCGGUGUAUAAGAAAAAUGUAUUUGAAAAAGAAGCUUUUAGUAGACUGACAAAGGAACAAUCUGACAUACCAUAAAUAUGGAUAUACUAAGAAGAGAAUCACCAACCACCAAAUAUUACCUGAUCUGUGGUGGUCCUGUGGGCUCCUCAUCACUAUAGAACAUGUCAAAAGGAGGAUAACGAAGUAUGCAAGACAACAAAAGACCUACAGACUGUAAUGGUAGAACUACAAAGUGCUCCAGCAUGAUCCAUGGAGCUGAGUGCAGAAAAUUAAGUGACCAGUGGGUGUUAGCUUUACAUGACACAAAGGGUAGCUGGUGUUUUUGAAAAAUAAUAAUAAAAUAAAAAUGGAUAACAUUUUUUGUAAAUACAGAGGCAAAGGAGUUGUGGCACACUUGUUAUUGUUCCUAAGUCUGUCAGAUCCAAGCGUCCAGGCAGAUUAAGUCUUUCCAAGCUUUGCACAGAACAUAAGAGGGGAUAGAGCCAGAGAUGCAGUCAGCUAGCUUUGUAACACUCUGUGCUAAGCAUCUAAGAGGCCUUACAGUAUUGGAUUCCACGAUCUACUGAAGGCUACAUAGGCUUUAACUAACACAAGGCCAGUUUAAAAAAAGGUAAACGAAGCCUUAUGUUCACAUAUAAUAUGUGAAAUACACUGAAUAUAUAUAUAUAUAUAUAUAUAUAUAUAUAGCCAACUUGUUUUAGAAUGAUUAGAAAAUUACUGAAAGGAGUCAGCUAGAUAAUGCAACUUUUAAUAAACUGUUUUAUAUACAUGGUAUGACAAGACAUUGCCACAAUUAUUUGUUUUUGUCCUAUUUUAUCAAUGUGAAGCACAAUUAAAGAAAUAAAAAAAUACAAUUAUACAACUCUUAGUUAAUUCUACCCUAGAGGUUAAUGUAUCUAAAUGAAUGAAUGUCAUAAUAAAGAUGUUAUGUCUGUU